AUGUCUCACCGACCCCUUGCAAUCGUCUCCACUAUGGACCUCAACAUCUUGCAAUUCAUCAACUUACUUGUACAAUCCAACUGGCCACCCGGAACUGGUGCCAGCGUGCAAAUCGGGCGCCAAAUAACAGGCGGUGGGCGAGUAAUUCACAAGGCUGUAGUCACGAACUACGACGAGGGGAAUAUGUACGGGAAUAUCAACUUCCUGACAGACAUUGUGGUGGGGAAUUCGAGGAGCGAGGUGCUGUACAAUUUAGUGCAGCAUGUGGAAGUUCAAGGUUGGAAUAGGAUUAUGGAGGCGCACAUGAGAGCGGAUAGGUGA